UCAAGCUGGCCUCAUCAUUAUGCAGACGAGAAAGCAGUUGUCGAUGACACUGGUUCAGUAACGCUAAAAGGAUAGAAAAGAGCAACUAAUUGCCGCUUAACUGACGAAACUUUAGCUUGAUCCGCUCGGAGAAGAUCACAGUUACGGCACAAUGGCCUCUGUUACCAAGCUUGACCUGCACGCACACAUUUUGCCGGAAACAUGGCCUAGCCUUAAAUUGAAGUUCGGUUAUGGCGGCUGGGUGCAAAUGCAUAAACUUGACGAUGGCAAUUAUGAGAUGCGUUACGAUGACGGGAAGUUCUUUCGCCGAGUCCAGCGCAAUCUUUGGGAUCCUGCCCAACGUAUCCGUGAGAUGGACGCUACCGGAGUAACGAUUCAGGCCUUGUCGACGGUUCCUGUAUUGUUUAACUACUGGGCUAAAGGUGAAGAUGUUUUAUGGUUCCACCGCUUCCUAAAUGACCAUAUUGCUGUCGUAGUAAACACAUAUCCGGAUCGUUUCAUUGGAAUAGCGACUGUCCCACUCCAAUCUCCUAACUUAGCUGCCAUUGAACUACAACGGGUGCACAAAGAACACAACAUGAAUUGUGUUCAGAUCGGAUCGCAUAUCAACGACUGGGAUCUGAACUCUCCUAAGCUCGACCGAUUCUAUAAACUAGCCGAGGAGCUUGGCAUUAGCAUAUUUGUGCAUCCCUGGGAUAUGCAAUUGGACGGACGCAAUAAGAAGUACUGGAUGCCUUGGUUGGUCGGGAUGCCAGCAGAGACUGCGCACGCAAUCUGCUGUGUGCUUUUUGGCGGCGUUCUAGAGCGUUUUCCGAAACUGAAAUUCUGUUUCGCCCAUGGGGGCGGUUCGUUUCCUUACACCUUGGGCCGGAUCGAGCACGGUUUCAAGUGCCGACCCGACCUGUGUGCUGUCGACAAUAUAAAUCCUCCUAGUUCGUAUAUCGGCCGCAUUUAUACUGAUGCACUCGUGCAUGAUGAGCGAUCAUUGAAGUUUCUUAUUGAUGUUAUUGGAGAGGACCGCGUAUGCUUCGGUAGCGAUUAUCCGUUCCCCUUAGGUGAGACUGAGCGGCCAGGGGCUUUAGUUGAGAGAGCCCGAAUCGCAGACGAACUUCGUGAGAAGCUUCUUUGGCGAAACGGAGCUGAAUUUCUAGGUCUACAGCUUAGCUCGAUUUGAUGAGGAUCAUAGUAUAACUGAUCUGAUUGAAAUCAAGGUUCAACGUACGCGAUCCGUACGCGACAAACACAGUAGUUUGUUCUGCUUGUGUGAAAAUAUGCUGCGAACGUGUUCACGCGCUGAAGAUGAAUCCGAUCAUACCCUGCAAGUGUUCGGCGACGUAGGAAAGAACCGAGCUUUAGUUAAUUAACGUUCACAGAUGUAUGCUAUACUGUGAUGAUAGUUUCAUUAAAUGCUUAAGCUAGUGGCCGUUUGGUUUUUAAACGCAACGCGACCUUGCGACGUGCAGGCUCUGGAAUUAACGAUGUUUUUUCGGCGAGAAGCCAUCAUCAAUGAAAUAUAGCACAAAAUAUGAUUGGUAAGCGGAAUCUGGAUCGUACGUGUUGUCCUUUACAGAAUUUAUUCAUGUAUAAUUAUACUGUAGUUUUUUCUAUUAAGUACUAUUAAGUACAUGAUUAAUGUGAUCAUAUAUGUAUUGUUUAGUACGCGGUGGAUGUCUUCGUGCAGUUCUAUGCAUUUACUACUCGUAUGCGGUAAUAUUAAUGCUUGGAAAUUUAAAAGUCCUAGGAAUGAAAUCCAUGUGUCCUGAGAGCCCUCUCCUCAGCAGCGCCGUGUAACAGGGGGCUAGUAUCUUAAACAUUUUUGCACGCUUUUGUGAAAGGAUGCCGAAUUAGUGAUUGAGAAAGUAAGAAAUAGUGUGCAGGUCAACUACGCUGUAGGUCUUCGACGAGUUUUGUCAGACUGGCUUUCUAUAAAUAGUUGUGUAUAACAGGUUUUCUAAAAUUUCUGCUAGCUUGAGAAUCGAAAGCGAAAUUUAAUAGAAUAAUAAAUAACUUCUGAUCUUACCACGUGAAAACCAAAAGUUCCGGUAGCUUUAAUAAAGGUCGUUUUAAGGUCGACAAGAAAUAGUGUCUAUUAAUUUGAAUAUCUGGCAACUGGCUUCAACUAUAGAUUAGAACAGAAAACCGUCCGAUCGAUAGGACGCUAAGCUUCACUGAUGAGAACCAACCGAAAGACAUGAAGAGUGACUUCACUUGAUGUAAGCUAACUAGAAACAUUCUCAUUUUAGACAUCUGUCAUUGUAAUUCAGUUGCUUUCCUCGAAUCUGUUUUAUUCAAUAGUAGCAUACUCCAAUUAUGAGUUCUCAACCAAGUAUGAGGGACGCUUGUUUCAUCCAAUAUUAGGGAAUAUCACCCUAAUACAGAUACUCCCAAUUCUGCAUUCAACACCACUUUGAAACAGCACCCGAUCUGCGCUAAUUAUGAAUGCUACAUAUAUCAAGACUACUUGAUCUUGAGUUUCUCUCGGAAUAUUCUCAAUUAAGGGUGGUAAUAUGUAAAACGGCAGUACGACGGAACAUAAAGCUAGAGGCUCGUUCGUACGCUUUGUUGUACAUUGAGCCGAAUCAACUAAAUGCCCAUAGGCAGCUGUCGUAUUUGCUAUUGCCGAUGAAAUGCAAAGCCGAUCCGACAGAUGCGUGAACCGAGUUGACUGUGUAAAGUAUGGUAUUAUUUCUGACUCUUGCUCGUAUACAAGUAAAUGUAUUUUUCGCGCCCUUCGAACCUUAUAUGUACGCCACAGGCUAAAAUUUUUCGAGUGCAGAAGUUGUACACCCGCACACACCAACAGCACGAGGACACAGAUAUUCAUUCUUUUAGAGUCGACCACAUGAUUUUUGAAACCUGUAACGGUGUAAAUUGGCUAGAUGAACCUACGCACGAGACGACCAUAUUUUGUGUGACAGAUUGUUGUUAUGUACAUGUGAUACGACACUGUGAUUCUAGUUGUAUGUGUUAGGGCAGCACACGUGCUUCAUGCAUGCUACGAACGUUUCAAGGAGAUACAUGUCAUCAACGCAAUAUUGGCGGUCCAUUUCGAAUGCCUGUAUAUAGGUAUAUGGAGACAGUUCCGGUCUUCAAUACUGUUGCAAAAAUUGCUGAAGCUCCAUCAUCACAACACAAGUUCCGCUGUCUUCUUUGAACAACGAGAUUUAAGACUCUUCAUCUUCGAAACGGAUCGACUAUUGCCACUAACGCUGGAAGGAAUAUGACAUGCGAGUAUGUCAAAAACAAGUCAAGCUUACUUUUUAUAGCGUAGUAUAGAAGCAGUGAGGCAUAUAUUUUGGGCGAGUAAGUACACAAAUUGAUGUUUUUGUAUUUGAUACAGUUAGCGAGCUCAAUGAUUGUACCGUAAACUGUUUUCUAGACUUGUUAGCAUAUAGUUUGCUUAAGAUAUUGGUCGACAACAGAAAGAUCUAUAUGGUAUAACGAGUGCGUGAAGCUCUCACUGUGAAUUAUUUCCGCAGCUACCUGAUGCUGUUACCCUGCUUUUUCUAUUAUCUUUUAUGAUGCGGGUAAAUUGUAAAAUAUCAGUACUGUGAUAUAAACUAUCUAUUCGUUCAAGAUAAAUCGACGCACAGCUUUCUAUUGCUUGACAGCGCCAACCCUUGUUGACUAAAAUGAGGCCCGAACAGUCAGGUGCUAUGGCCAUGCAGAGGAUGUACACUGUCCAAUAAAGAUAAGCACGGAAAAGGUGAACUACAAAACAGAAUCAAUAAAGUCCCCCAGUGGCUGAGUAGGCAUCGUGCCUAUGGGCAACAUUUUCGAUAACAACGAAAGUUCAGUGACUUUGCUUACUGCUUAAGGGCGAAUUACCUCUGUCUGCUAUAGUGAACCAUGAAGGUCUCCUAGAGCUAAGAUCCUGGUCUCAUAACGAUAAGGGUUACUUCGUUUCUAUUUUUUCCACCCCCAUACGGAUGAUAUAGAACUAUGUACUUUGCAGUGGACAGCAAAAAAAUUAUCCCAUUAUACGCAGUCCCUAGGCAAGGUUGCUAAAGGUCACUACUGCAAACGACCACUCUGGUAUCCGUACUGCCCAUUGAUUAUUCUAUAUCUCUCUCUAGAGCAGUCUCUACUAGGGUUUUUGCCGUUGUUCGAAACUCUUCUUUUGAAAUGAUAUCGAAAACGCUUAAUUAGGCGAAACUGAAAAUUUAAUUUUAAAUGAUCCAAAAAAAAUUAUAACGUUUUGAAAGAAAAUAAUCUAAAUUUGUUCGAAGGCGAUGAGGACGUUAUUGGUAUUACUAGACCGGUUAUUCUGUCAUGGAUGCUUUUUUUUAACGAGGAUUUAGUUUCUACUUAAGGUGUUGCUCAUGUCAUGACAGCUAUGGUCGCAUAUUUUUUUGUACUUCAGGAUAGAUGGCCAUAUCUUAACGCCUACUUCAAUGUCGCAUUACGAUUCUUCCAUUUUGUUCUGCUAGGGUAACUUAAGUUUGCUAACUACACUCAUCCAAAUAAUGUUAUCGCCUUACCUAGCUACCGAAUGCACGGAUGUGGGUAAAGGUCAAGCAUAGCGGGGGCCUUUGUUGAUACCCUUCGGCACUCCAGAUGCACGAGGCCUGCGGAAAGCACUUCUACUCGUGCAAGGUCGAGAAUAAGAUACGCCUGUACAAGGCGUAGUUAUGUAUGUAGGCUGUCUUCGAUUACAAUAUCUAUCGCAUAGUUUAACGAAUGCUAGGUAUGCUGAAAAGGAAAUAAGCGAUAGCUUUAUUUAAAGCAAGAGUUUGCGGACGGGGAAUACAUGGGUACAGAUUUCCACCGGAGAGCGUAGUUCAGCUCAAUCAAGCGCUAUUGAACGCGUAUGUCUUGUUUGUACAGAAGUUAGUAACUAUCUAAGUUAACCGAUGCUAUUGACUGUAUAUGACGCAUACCGUGCAUCCGUCAGACUAAUAAUUCGGAAUAACAUUUAAACGGGUGCUUUGUUCUGUGAAUCGCCUGAAAUUAACAUGUAAUAUAUAUCUAGCGUGAAGUCUCUGUGUUCGACAGGGUCACA